AACAUGCUAUCUCCGUAGACUCUUGUACACCGAAUCCAAAACAAGUAUUUUAAAACCCAAUCUUAAAUCCUCCAUUUCUAAACGACAGAAGUUAGAACUCGGUUCUUUCCACAUUCUCUACUCAACCUCUUCGCCGGCUACCUCGAAACGGUACGCCGACGCUGAACGGCGGUACCAUUUCCGAUCGUUGCGAUCUUAUGCAAAGGAAUCUAUAAUAUCCGGAAUUCAUCAUGAUCGGCUCUUUUCUCACCAGAGGCCUUGUGAUGGUCUUCGGUUAUGCAUAUCCAGCUUACGAGUGCUUUAAAACUCUUGAGGACAAACAUGAUAUCCAGCUACUUAGCUUUUGGUGCCAGUAUUGGAUCAUAGUUGCCACGAUGACUGUUUGUGAGAGGAUUGCAGAUUCUUUUAUAUCAUGGGUUCCGAUGUAUAGUGAAGCUAAGUUGGCAUUCUACAUAUACUUGUGGUUUCCAAAAACAAAGGGAACUACCUAUGUCUAUGAAUCGUUCUUCAAACCAUUGGUUAAAGAGCACCAACAUGAGAUUGAUCGUAAUUUGGAAGAACUGAAGACUAAGGCUGGAGAUACAGCAUUGUCGUACUGGCAAAAGGCUGCUGGUUACAUCCAGAAAAGAGUUUUUGAAAUAUUACAAUACAUUGCAUUACAGUCAACUUCAACAUCACCCUCUGCUCCGCCACAGAGGCAAGGCAGCAGUAAAGUUGCCCGGACCGCUGCACCAGCGAAACAGGAAUUAAAAAAAACUGCAAAAGAAGCUCAAACUGAAGAGCAGCAGCCAACUUCUCCUCCCAGUGAAUCUUCCAGCGAGAAUGAAGAUGGCGGUGUAGCAAAAAAAGUUAAGAAACCCACUCCCUCUGCCUUGAAUGCUCAAAAAACUACACCAACAAAAAUCAUUACUGAAACCCUCAGCAAGGCUUCAACAAUCUCCAGUGAAGCACAGCAGAUGCAGGUUGUUACUGUGCAUUCUUCUUCUUCUUCCUCAUCGUCAUCAGAUGAUAAAACAAGCACAAAAAACCCUGCCACAGAAAGUGUUGUGGUGGAGGAACCUGUAGGCCGUAUUACUCGAGCAAGGUCAAGGAAAAAUCGUGCUGCUCCCUAAGACUCCCCCACGUGGGAUUUACCUUGUGAAAUGUGUUUUUAGGUGGCAAACUGAAAAGGAAAACGUGUCAUAUGUCCAAUGCAUCCAUGUACAUUUUUCGAAUUUAUGAAUAUUCAGUUUCAUGUUCUCCAGAACUCAAAAAGUCAAAAGGGUUGUUUGUUUAUCUAAUUUGCUAAUCACAUCUUUAAAAAAC